GGAGCAGUCUGCAAAACAAGAGGCUGCGGAUUGCGUUAGCGAGAAACCAGUUCUCGCCGGCGCUUGGGGAAGGAAGUCUCCUCUCUCCCUCUGUCUCUCUCUCUCUCGUCGGGGCUCGGAGGGAAGCGCUCGCGCCAGGUUCGCCGCCGCCACCGCCGCCGCGCCGUCAGCAUGGGCAAGGGAGACCCCAACAAGCCGCGGGGCAAGAUGUCCUCGUACGCCUUCUUCGUGCAGACGUGCCGGGAGGAGCACAAGAAGAAGCACCCGGACUCGUCGGUCAACUUCGCCGAGUUCUCCAAGAAGUGCUCCGAGAGAUGGAAGACCAUGUCUGCAAAGGAGAAGUCGAAGUUCGAAGAUUUGGCCAAGAGCGACAAAGCUCGUUAUGACAGGGAGAUGAAGAAUUAUGUUCCUCCCAAAGGUGAUAAGAAAGGAAAGAAAAAGGAUCCUAAUGCUCCAAAAAGACCGCCGUCUGCCUUCUUCCUGUUUUGCUCUGAACAUCGCCCAAAGAUCAAAAGUGAACACCCAGGCCUGUCUAUUGGAGAUACUGCAAAAAAAUUGGGUGAGAUGUGGUCUGAACAGUCUGCCAAAGAUAAACAACCCUAUGAGCAGAAAGCAGCUAAACUAAAGGAGAAGUAUGAAAAGGAUAUUGCUGCAUACCGUGCCAAGGGUAAAAGUGAAGUAGGAAAGAAGGGUCCUGGUAGGCCAACAGGCUCAAAGAAGAAGAAUGAACCAGAAGAUGAGGAAGAAGAGGAGGAGGAGGAAGACGAAGAUGAUGAUGAUGAGGAAGAGGAUGAAGAAUAAAUGGCUGUCCUAAAAUG